CCUGUGGUCAGAACUCAGAAGACAGCGGCGACAUUUGGUCGAAUAUCACAGAAAAAACAACAAAUAUUAAAACAGCUGAUUAUCCUAUAUUAUUUGCGCGUUAUUUCUUGUUUUAGAUACUCGAACACAAGUCAAGUCAAGAAUGACUUGAUAAGUGUAAAUGUCUAAAUGUAUAGUGAAAUAUGGCUGAAAGCAACAUUUUACAAGAACCAGAAAGUAGCGCUGUGAGUAUAAAUGAAGAUGAGGAGAAUGAGGGAAACUCUGAGAUUUUUCUGAGUGUAUUUAUUCAACAAGGUAAAAUUGGGCUGAGUUACUAUGACAGUAGCGAUUAUACGCUGCAUUUCAUGCUGGACACGAUGGACAACAGCGACCUCCACCUGCUGGAUAGAGUCAUUCAAGAGCUGAGUCCAAACGUCAUAAUAACAAGUGCCAAACAAGAGCAGAGCUUGACGCAGUUUCUCGAAAGGCUUGAAUUAAAUCCUGAUUAUAAGCCUGAAAUGGUGAUGUUUCCAAAUGCAAACUUUGGUCUGGAGAUCAGCAGACAGCGACUCCUCUCAGCACACCUCCCGUUUCUCCCUCCCAACAUCACAGAGAGUGAGAAAAUCCCGUAUCUCUCCUCCUGUAUCCCAUUAGACUCGGUGCUGAUGAUGAGGUCAAUAGGAGGACUGUUGAAGUGUCUAGAGAGGAGAAGAGUCGGCUCAGAGCUGGAGGACAGCAGUGUAGGCAUCCCCAUAUUCAAGUUCCUGACGUACACGCUGAAAGAUGUUGUGUACAUCGACAGGGACACAUACAGUGCACUACAGAUCUUUAAAUCUGAGCUGCAUCCUUCCGUCUUUAAACUUCAGUCAGGAGAGAAAGAGGGAUUGAGUCUUUAUGGUCUUCUGAAUCGCUGUCGGAGCAAGUUUGGAUCUCUGCUUUUACGGCAAUGGUUCCAUAGACCUACUCGAGAUCUGAACAUCCUGAAUAGACGUCAGGAAGUGAUCCGUUUCUUUACAUCCCCUCGAAACUUUGCUGAUCUGAGCACUUUACAGAGUUGCCUGCGGAAUAUUAAGAACAUCUCGACAUUGCUGCAAAAAAUGUCUCUCUCCACUCCGAAGGUCGCAGUCUGGCAAAGUCUAUAUAAGACGGUGUACAAUGCAUUGUGCAUUAGGGACACUGUUCGCUCCAUGCCCCAAUCCAUCCAACUUUUCAGUGAAAUCAGUGCAAACUUCACCGAUGAUCUUUUCUACAUCGCCACAUACAUCAGUAAAGUGGUAGACUUUGAAGGAAGUGCAGCCGAGAACCGAUUCACUGUUAGGCCGAAUGUCGACCCUGUUAUUGACGAGAAGAAAAGGAGGAUGAUGGGUCUGCCAGAUUUCCUGACAGGCGUGGCUCGUACAGAGCUGGAAAACCUGGACCCUCGUUUCUCCACCUGCAGUGUCAUCUACAUGCCUCUGAUUGGAUUUUUACUGUCACUGCCAAGAUUACCCUCCAUGCUGGAUAAAGAGAGUUUUGAGAUAGAGGGUCUUGAUUUCAUCUUUCUGUCAAAAGACCGACUGCAUUACCGCAGCACUCGAACCAAAGAGCUGGACAGCAUGCUGGGAGACCUGCAUUGUGACAUCCUAGAUAUGGAGAUGGCAUUAAUGAGGAAGCUUCAGGCCUCAGUGCUUCAGCGGAGCGACUCUCUUCAUAAGGUCAUGUCCCUGUGUGCAGAGCUGGACUGUCUCAUUGCUCUGGCUCAGGCCUCUCGGGAUCACGGCUACUGCUGUCCAACCCUGACACCAAACCAAAGACUGGUCCUGAUUGAGUCACGACAUCCUUUGCUGGAGCUGUGUACUCCAGUAUUUGUGUCAAACACCUACAUCAGCUCUGAAACUGAAGGCAAAGUGAAAGUUAUUACAGGACCAAAUUCAUCUGGCAAGAGCAUCUAUCUAAAACAGGUGGGUCUGAUUGUGUUCAUGGCACUGAUCGGCUCAGAUAUACCCGCUAAAGAGGCAGAGAUUGGGCUGGUGGACGGAAUCUUCACCCGCAUGCAGAGCCGUGAGUCUGUAUCAGUGGGUCUGAGCACCUUCAUGAUAGAUGUGAACCAGAUGGCUCAUUCUUUGAACUACAGCACUGGGAAUUCUCUUGUCCUGGUGGAUGAAUUUGGCAAAGGAACCAACACGGUGGAUGGAUUGUCUCUCCUGACUGCAUGUCUCAAUCACUGGUUGCGUCGUGGGCCUCAGUGUCCUCACUUACUUUUGUCAACUUGCUUCCACAGCCUCAUACAGCUGGGCUUGAUCUCUGAUUCCCCACUGCUGUCUUUACUGACUCUGGAGACAGCUAUAGAAGGGGAAGAGCUGGUGUUUUUGUACCAAGUGAAAAAUGGCAUCUGCCAGUCGAGUUGUGCGGCUAAUAUUGCCACUCUGGCCGGCAUUCCCAAUGACCUGGUUACGAGAGGAGUGGAGGUGUCAGAGUUAUACAGAACAGGAAGAACCAUCAGAAAGAUGGACAGGCCAUCUGCAGAUGUACAGAAUAGCAGGUGUGCUGAGGUGGUGGAGAAAUUCCUCAACAUUGAUCUGGAUGACCCUGAGAUUGAUCUAGAUUCUUAUUUGAAAGACGAGGUGCUCCAAGCUCUUGAAGAGGUGCUGUGACAACAUCGAAACUUAACUGUGGGACUGUUGGCUCACUUUGUGGAGAAAUGUGCUGUCCAUUUUAUUUCAAGGUUUAAAUGGCUCCCAUUCCUCCUGCAAGUUUAAAGCUGAUGGUUUGAAUUGUAUCAUAUUUGUUCCUGUGUUCCGAAUUGGAAUAGUUUAAAAUAUUUGAAUGACAUUGAAUUGGAACACUGUAGAUUUAAACAGCAACAAAUGGCUGUGGUAUUUGUUUUGAUCUUUAUUAUUAAUUAAUUACUAGAUCUAGCAGUUAGUUCACAUACCUUAGUUGGACCAUUCGAUUGAAUCAAACCAAUAUUUUUUAGUCUUGUUUUGCGAUUCAUUAAAAUAAUUAUUUCCUAAGAGGCAUUUGUUCAUGAUUUGAACAUACUAGUCACACUGUACUGUAUGUUUGUUUUUGCAGCCAGAGAAGGCAACUGAAUAGAAAGAUGCGUUGUCUUAGUAUUACUUUGCAGUAAACAGGUUUGUUUUUCAUGUUCUAUUCACAGGAGCGCUGCCACUGAAUGGUGGUGCAGAAAACACUGCAAUUACUAACUCUCUAGGGGGCUGACUUGAUUUCAGAGGACUGUUAAUGAGUUUCCUCAAGUAAUCACUUGUCACAGCAUUAGAAAGAAACAACAACUUGCUCAGAGUUUACCAAAUCAAUUAAGUUCUCGAGCCAUCUGUCGCAAGAGAACCAGAAUCUGCUCUGGUAGGUGUGUGUGAGAAACCAAGCAGAUACAAAACGCCCACUAAAGAACCUUAAAUAGCAUCCACUUCAUUUAUUGCAGAAUCAAAAGCACUCAGUAGGGUGAAGCGGAGCAGUUUUUUUAAAAGGUACAAAUUUAGAGAUAGUUGCUAGAUUAGCAAUGUUAUAUUAGUAUUAUUAUACUAUUGUAGUAUUUAUUAAUAUUUUUAAUCAGCUUUUGUUUUUAUAUUUUCAGUUAUUAGUUUAUAUAUAUGGCUUUAGUAAUUUUAGUACUUCAAAUUUAACUGAUUUAUUUUAGUUAGUUGCCAAGGCAGCAUUUCGAAUUUUCAUUUAGUUUUAAGUUUUAAGUUUUAGUUUUAGUUUUUAGUUUUUUAGUUUUAGUUUUUCUUGCAAUAUUUAUAUUUUAGUUUAUAUGCUUUAUUUCAAUUACUGAAGACUACUUUUUAGUUUUAGUUAAAGCUACACUAUGAAGAACAUUGUUUUGGUUGUGCUUUGGCUCUGCGUGACUGUUCUACUGCUCAUAAAACAUUCACUACAAGGCUUAAGAGAUUUAACCAGUUUAGAUGGAAAGGAUCUCAAGCUGAGUAGCUGAAGACUUUACUGUAGCUUUACCCAUUAAUAGACGUGGUACUUCCUUGAAAAUUAAUUCCAGCACAGCGCCACAACAACUAUAACCAUAAUGAAAUGACCCUUCACAAUUAAUAAUGCUUUACAAUGAACUCUAUUAGAGAGCUACAUAUUGCAAAUGAUCUGUUCAAUAAAAUACCUGUUGAGUAAUAAAAAUUCUCCGCGUCGCUUUUACAAUGUUUCAAAUCCCUCAGUUCUCGCCAUCUCUGAAAAGCCAAGUCAAUGUUGAUUCUUGUUUUAUUACAAGCUCUGUCGCAUUCUCUUUGCCAGCAGACUCUCCUCUGUUCUGUGUUAUUUUUUAAACAUGUGAUUCCCUGGAGGUUGGAGAUUUAGCUUCUCCAUAUCAACCUUUCUCUCUUAUUGUGACAACUAACCUAUGGCAUUCCCACACCAUACACAUGUCAAAGUAGCCAGAGCAACUUACGGAUAUGACUAGGCAUUUGUGACAUAUGUACGCAGUGUCCUGCGAAAACCAUCCAGUCAGGUCUAAAAUAUAAACACUUAUAAUAGACUUACCAUAGUGAAUCAGGGUAAGACAGGAGAAAAAAAAAGGAUUGAUGAUGUAUUGACUCAAUAUUAUUUAAAUUUUGUUAAUUUUGAACAAAAAAAGUUGCAUACCUUUAACAGUAACAACAUUUAGAUUUGUCAGACUUGAUGCUAAAUAUUCAAGUCUAAAUUAAGUUAUAAAGUUCCUCAUCCAUUGUUAGCCAAAUUGACAAAAUUGCUGUAAUUAAUUAUGAUUACAACAGACUUGAGAGGUGUGAAUUUAACUGAUCUAACAAGUGCAGAAUCAGAUUUGGCUACAAAAGAUGUCAGAGGCAGUCUACAAUGUGUCACUUUCAGCCCUGGAUUAUUUGUACAUAUUAAUUCAAGCAUCUAUUCAGCUUUCUGAGGUCCACUCAACUACGGCUAGCAGUGGUGCUGUUGUAUUGAUAUAUGUGCUGAUGUUAGUGAAAUGCAUCUACAUUCACAAGUAAUAGUUGUUGUUAUGGCAUAAUAAAUUAAUUUACGGUAUGCUUAUGUGUUGUUAACUGUGUUGGGGAAACAAAUGAUUGAGAUUGUAAUGAUUGUGCUUGGACAGAUGCUUCAUUUUAGCUGCAGUAAGUGCUGUUACUUCUCCAUAAUGACCAGACAUGUGUAUCGACUAAGUCAGCAAAACUGACACUAUGAAUAUAAAUUACAAAACAUAUCUGUGAUGAUGUAACAGUUUAAACAACAGUUAUUUGAGCACUCUUAAUUACUUCAUACAGCCUGAAAACAAUGCCAAUGAAAAACAAGAAUUUGGCUGUUUAUAAGUGUAAAAAUAGAGAAACACUGAGAAUGCAUACUAGAAAUGAAAAUGAACAAAACCGUUUGCUCAGUGUUUUUUUGGCAUAUUGAUUCACAAUAAAAUGGGUCUGUCAGGUGUUUUGAAAAGGUCCUUUGUGUGCUGACAUUUAAAUUGACUUUUUAUUUUAAGUCAAAAAUAUAAUUUAAUGUGAUUGAAUCAACAUGUUUUUUUCCAGGUAUG